UUAGCCGCAGCAUUUAUAUUAUACUCAUUCAUUCAAACGACAAUUGUAGUAUAAAAAGCACACACACAUACGUAUAGGGUUUAGUUUCAUAGACCAUCUUGUCUAUGUUUAUUUGUCGAGUAGAAAUGGAGAAUUCUCAGAGAAGUAGUAUUAGGGUUAGGAAGUACAGGAAAUCGUCGAGCCCGCGUCUACGAUGGACGCCCGACCUUCAUCAUCUCUUCGUUGAAGCUGUUCACAAGCUCGGAGGGAAACACAAAGCAACUCCCAAGAAAAUUAUGCAAAUGAUGGAUGUUAGGGGGCUCAAGAUUUCUCAUAUCAAGAGCCAUCUCCAGAUGUAUAGAAACAUGAACGCGUCUGUCGAUUCAGACGAGCUUUUAGCUAUCAGAAUGUACCAAGAAAAGAGAUCAGAUUGCGUCGCUUUGCUCCCUCUACGACAAGGAUUAAGAGAGCCCCCCAUUCAUAGGAAACAAGCAAAAGGCAAAAGUACUUGCCAAGGAAGAAGGAAAAUUGCCCAAAACCCUCGAAAUCUAUUUUCCCAUCAAUACCAUAUUCAGGUGCAGGGCAAAAAAGGAAGCACAGGAAAUGCAGACACAAAGAGAGAUCAAAUUCCAAGGGCAAAUGUUGAGUUAGCAGAAGGGAGUGUCCUAAACUUUUGGGGUAUACCCAACCAUCAACCAUCUCAAUCUACCAACAAUGCCCCUCUCAUCAAUUUAGACCUAACUAUUUCAUCUAAUUAAUUAAUUUGAUUAUUAUUAAUUUCAUGUGUCCUGAUUUUAGAAUUUAUAAAUACUCAAUUCAUUUAUUUUUUGGUGUUUUAAUUAAUAUUCACGUCCGACUAAUGUCUCCAUAGGACUGUAAAUGAUUUGAGUCGAGUUGAACACAUUAUUGUGCAAGCUUUUAUCGAAC